AUGUAUAUAGCCACGGUGUUGGGAAAUCUACUCAUCAUAAUAACGAUAACUAGAAGCCACAGUCUGAGGUCACCCAUGUAUUCCUUCCUCACAUCUCUGUCUCUCCUAGAUGUCACCUAUUCAUCUGUCACUACUCCCAAGUUGAUUGUGGAUGGCCUUUUUAACAGAACGACCAUCUCCUUUGAAGGCUGUAUGACCCAGCUCUUUGCAGACCAUUUCUUAGGUGGUGCAGGGAUCAUUCUUCUCAUUGUGAUGGCCUAUGAUCGCUACAUAGCCAUCUGUAAGCCCCUACAUUACAUGACUAUCAUGACUCCUAAAAUGUGCUGCCUGAUGGUAGGAGGGGCUUGUGUGGGAGGAUCCAUGCAUGCAACCAUUCAACUUCUCUUUAUGUAUCAAAUACCAUUCUGUGGACCCAGUGUCAUUGACCAUUUUAUGUGUGACUUGUUUCCAUUGUUGCAAAUGGCUUGCAUGGACACACAGAUUCUGGGUCUCUUGGUCAUUCUCAACAGUGGGGUAAUGUGUGUGACAAUUUUCCUUAUUCUCACGGCUUCAUACAUAGUCAUCCUGUUCUCCCUGAAGUCUUGCAGCUCCGAAGGAAGGCGCAAAGCCCUCUCCACAUGUAGUUCUCACUUCACAGUGGUUGUGCUGUUCUUUGUACCUUGUAUCUACUUGUAUGUGAGGCCUGUGGUCACUUACCCCAUAGAUAAGGCAAUGGCUGUGUCUGCUAUCAUUGUUGAACCAAUGUUAAACCCUUUGAUCUACACCUUGAGGAAUGCAGAAGUGAAAAAUGAACUGAGGAAAUUGUUUUCCACUUGA